GCUUGCUCUCAUCUCUCGUUGCCUCGACUCUCGUUGAUUUCAUACAUUAAUACGCCGCCAUGGAUGCCUAUGCGCCACAAAAUUCUAUGCCAGCGCACUACCGUGACCGUCCCUCGCUACCUGCAUACUCCUUAUAUUUUUCCUUCCCCUCUUCCUGUUGUGUGUGCCUUUAUCGCACAAAAUUGUAAUCUCAGCAUAGACACUCGCUUCAGCAAUGGCAAUGCCGCUCGUGGCGGUUGGCUGCAGUCCGUCCCCCGCUUUUCGGCGCAGCACUUCCACCCACCCCCUUCGGCGCCGAUUUAGGAGGUAUGCUAGUAAGUAUCGUAAUUCUUAUACUCGCAAAUUUACCCGCGCCCAGCAGCCUCUGUCUAUUUCGGCACGCUAACACUGACCUGUGCAACAAAGUCUCUUUUGACAUUGUCGUGGCAAGGGCCUCACACUUCACUGUGCAGGGCUCCUUAUUUCUGUGUAAGGGCGCGUACACAUCAUAGCUCCGUUGAUGAGUAUCAAUUUCUUUUUUAUUAACUUCUUUCGCUUGCCAAUUCAGAUGUCAGUGCUUGUCACUGCUAACUCUGAUAAAUUGACGUGCGUAAAUGGUUAGAGGGUUACCCAGCGUAUGCGAAAAGUUGUGUUAGGUACUGUAUCUAUUAUCUAGGGACUGUCGAUCCUAUGAUUUGUUCUGGUCUUGUAUGUAAUGCC